AUGUCAAUUGAAGUGUUCUUGCGUAGGUGGACGGUCGACAAUAUCCAAAUGGAGAAUUUGAAUAAAUAUGAAUCAGAGGCUCAAAUACGCAUCGAAAUGCAUCAUGCUAUGAUGAACGAUACAACAAUCGUCGAUAAAGAGGAAAUGGAUACAUUCGAAGAGACAAACAUGAAGAAAUUCAAUAGCAAUCUACUUGAUUUACCCGAUGAAAUCUUCCUCAUCAUUUUCAAGGACCUCAUGAUGCUUGAUGUGUUUUCUUCACUUGUGAAUGUUGAUCGACGUUUUCAUCGAUUAGCAAUAGAUCCUCAUUAUGUUCGUCAUUUUGAUCUAACUGACACGAUGUUCAUCCGAUCACUGUGCAAUCGACCUUCUUCGAUUGAUACCCAGUUCCUUCCGCGAUUCAGUGAACAAAUCUUACCUCGAAUUCAUCACCACAUCCAUCAACUUACUGUCGAACAGUCGUCGAUUAAGUCAUUUCUUACCGUCAAUUAUCCUCAACUCAAUUUAUUGUCGUUGGUCAAUUUUGAAGAGGAAAUACUUUAUCAAUNAUACUGA